AUGAGCUUUUUACUGCUUCAUGUGAGAAUGAGCAUUUGUCAACUGAAUGAUUACAAUGAAAAGAUGGUGUUCAGUUUCAUCGAGACAGCGGCGAAGCGAAAUGUCAGCCAAAUCGGUCCAUAUCUAUCAAAUUACGAUACAAUCCCAGAGCAGAAGGAAUUUUUCGCAGCAGCUUAUACAUCUGGUGAUGCAGAACAGUUCGUCAGCAGGGACCAGGACCGAUGGGUACCAAAUAAUUUUUUUCUGUGGAAAAUCUGA